UAAAGCGUUCAUAAUGCAGAGUUUUCAUGUGAGAAUGUUUCGUGAUUUGUACUGAAUGAAAUACAUAAAUUGUAAUGUGUUUAUAAAAGGCUUAAUAAUAUUAUUACCUGUAAUUAAUAUAAAAAUAUGCGUACGAAAAAUAAUAAUCUUAAACUUAUUUUCCUACAAACUUUUAAGUACGACUCCAGAUACGUCUGCAAAUCCUACAUGAUUUGAUCCAUCUGCUGGCGAGUCUGGAGGUAGCCGCUACACUACGUUGGACCCAGCUCGAUGCAAAGGAACCCAACAUUCAGCGUGAUAUCGCAAGUCUUACAUUGCACUAGGUGACAUGCCUGGCAGUCGUGAUAUUGAACGAGCAGAACGUAAUGGAAGAUUUCGAUCACGUAGAAGAGAUAGUACAGGCAGUGAUAUAAAUCGACAUAAUUUCGAAGCUUCUGACAAGAAGCAUAGACGGCAUGGAAAAAACAAGGGUUCUGGAAAAAAAAAGAAGAAGAGGUCUAGAGAUAAAUCUAUAGAGAAUGUACCAACUGUAGCCUCUUCCAUAGUUAAGCCUUUAGUUGAAUACUCAGAUGUGAGUAGUGAAGACUUGUCUGAACCGGAAGCAGGGGAAAUUCAGUCAGAGGAUAGUAGAGGUAAUAGCUACACGGACGGAGAAGUACCUGAGACAGUUUUACAGAGGCGUUAUUAUGGCGGAAGUCCAGUACGAGCUCUUGGGGCAUCGCCUAUUAGUCUUUCACCAUCUCCACCAGUCCAGCAUAGGCAUUCUGGCAGACAUUAUUCGCCUAAUGAACAGCAGCCUUCAGCAAUGCAUGGUGCCACACCUGAAUAUGAAGAGGAGUCCAGGCGCUAUGCGAGAAGAAAAGAAAAGAAACAUAAACGAGAGAAGAAAAAGAAAAGAAGCCUUAGUCCCUCAUCCAGUUCUGGCAAGAAGAAGAAACGAAAGUCUAAGAGGCAUUCUCAUAGUUUGAGUCCACAUCGCAUACCAGAUGAAAUCAUAAUAAGCCCGGAGCGCGAGAAACCAGUUGGAAAUUGGUCAGAGUCGCCUCCUUUACCACUGAAGGAUAGUACUUCACCGAUUUCACCUGCGACACCUCAAGAAUUAAGAGAGUUCAGCGAUGUUGAACUUGUAUUACCCAGGCAACCCCGAAACGUAACACCUCCACCCCUUCCCCCAAGACCGACCGAAUCUCCACACACUCCUUUGUUGCCGCCAAGAACAGCAACACCAGAGAAUAACAAAGCAAAUUUAUCUGCGAUAAAACACACACCAGAAAGACAGAAACAUAGUCCUAGUAUUCAUACUCGACGUAAUAGCAUUAGUCCAGGGCCAACGAUAAGCUCGAGUCGUAGGAGACCUCAUAGCCCAAGUCCACCAUCGAGACGAAGAGACCAUAGCCCGGCGAGAAGAAGAGACUUUAGUCCCAGCCCCAUGGUGCACAGACUGAGGCACAGUCCUAGUCCUUCAAGGAGGCGAGAAUUCAGUCCGAGUCCUGUUGGUCAUCGACGUAGAGGGGAUCCCGUUAGUUCACCACCGUCGAGUAAACGUAGACGACGGGACGAGGCUGAUCGACGACACAGACACCAUGAAAAAGACAGGAGGGACAAAAGAAAAUCAAGAUCGACCAGAAGUCCUACUGGAAGCAGGUUGCAUUUACCUCUUUCCCGUUCGCGAUCCCGAAGUCCUGGAAGAUGGCGGAAGAUCCAAUCACGAUCUAGAUCGCGUUCGCGUCGACGAAGUCGAACUCCGAAGAAGUCACGUUCUCCUAGCAAAUCUCACAAGUCUGUAAGGAAGCACAAGUCGAAGAGUCCUCGUCCUUCGAGGAUACCUUCACCUUCGCCCCAUAGACCCAGGCCAAGAAGUCCGUCUAGCAUCACCGCGAGAAAUCUCAGAGUACAAGCAAAAAUCAGCGAGACCAGUUUGUUCGCCGAGCUAGUGAAGGACAGGAACAUGCGUGAGUUAGCGUAUAAGAAACUACAGGCGGCUAAAGAGAAAGCUGUGAACCAGGAUGAAGUUCAAAUCAUAGAAGGCACCGAUGACAAAGACGGCAGCAACACGUCCUCCGAGAACAAACCUUCCGCCGACAACAAAGAUAAAUAUGUAAAUCACAAAGAUCAAACGAAGGGGACGAGCGAAACCAUGAAAUCUGUUGACGUUGUGGAUAUCCCAGUUCCGGUGUCGGACGACAGUGGAAUAGCGGGAAAGACGCCUCCAUUGCCCAUGUCACAAUCUGUCAAUACGUCGAACUUAAUGCCCGGAGGUAAUCAACCUCCAACUGUUGUAUAUACUUCACCUACAACCGCUGCGUCUAAUAAUUGUCCAGUGACCGUUACAAGUAGCCCGAAUUUUUCGACUGUUACCACUGUACAAGCACCCCCGUUGCCACAGUCUGAGCUUGCGAACGCGUCUUGCAUACCACAACCGUCUAUGUCAGUGCCUAUCCCUGUACCAGUACCUGUUCUACCAAAUUUGUCCGUUCCGCCUCCGCCGAUACCGAUUCCUGUACCGGCGCCUAAUACGGCCAUGUCAAAAUUCAAUCCUCCCAAUAACUUGGUUCCUCUUAAGUCGGUAGACCCCCCUAAACCCCCUAUCGUGGCAUUUAAGACAAAAAGUUUGUCACGGUUACCGUUACCGCCUGGAAUUAAUCAGAAUGAUUUGGAGAGUAUAGACUCGCCGCCGAGUAGGUCACCAAGUCCACCUAGCAAGGCACAAAUGAAGUUUCCUACAUCCACUCCGAAACCACCACAGAAGAAGAGUAUCAAAGACUUACCUAUGCCUCCAGUAGUUCCUGGGUCUGAAGACUUGAGUGGAGAAGAUGAUCCAAAUGCAACACCACCACGCACAAGGGUUGAACGUGUUCCGCCAAAGCCCAAGCUAAAGAGACCAAAAAUCUUGAAACGUAGGAGCUCGAGGAAUUGCCACACUCCUAUGUCGGCUUCCGGUGGCAAAGAUUGGGGUGAACGCUGCGUUGAGGUGUUUGAAGUCAUAGCACAGAUUGGAGAGGGUACCUACGGUCAGGUGUACAAGGCUCAAGACAAACGAGCUAGCGUGCUUGUGGCAUUGAAGAAAGUCCGCUUGGAAAACGAGAAAGAAGGGUUUCCGAUCACGGCGGUGCGUGAAAUCAAAAUUCUGCGACAGCUGAAUCAUAAAAACAUUGUCAACUUGAGGGAAAUAGUCACGGACAAACAGGAUGCCUUAGACUUCAGAAAAGAUAAAGGAUCGUUCUACCUCGUGUUCGAAUACAUGGAUCACGACUUGAUGGGUCUUCUAGAAUCCGGAAUGGUGGAUUUCAAUGAAAUGAACAACGCGAGCAUAAUGAAACAAUUGUUAGACGGUUUAAAUUACUGCCACAGUAAAAACUUUUUACAUAGAGAUAUAAAGUGUUCAAAUAUAUUGAUGAACAAUAAAGGGGAAGUGAAGUUAGCAGAUUUCGGACUUGCAAGACUUUACAAUGCCGAAGAUAGGCAACGACCCUAUACAAACAAAGUUAUUACUUUGUGGUACAGACCUCCUGAAUUAUUGCUAGGCGAAGAACGUUACGGGCCUGCUAUAGACGUUUGGAGUUGCGGUUGUAUUUUAGGAGAAUUGUUUUCUAAGAAACCGCUAUUCCAGGCGAACGUAGAGAUGAUGCAGUUGGAGAUGAUUUCUAGAGUCUGUGGUACACCAACUCCCGCCGUUUGGCCUUCUGUGAUAAAAUUGCCGUUAUGGCACACACUCAAGCCAAAAAAGUCCCAUAGAAGACGCUUGCGGGAAGAUUUCUCGUUUAUGCCGGCACCAGCUUUGGAUCUAUUAGACAAAAUGUUAGAAUUAGAUCCUGAAAAACGAAUAACGGCUGCUGACGCACUUAAAAGUGCAUGGCUGAAAAAUGUUCAACCUGAGCAGAUGCCGGCACCGCAACUUCCUACUUGGCAAGAUUGUCAUGAACUUUGGAGCAAAAAGCGAAGACGCCAGUUGCGGGAACAACAAGAGAGCUCUGCGGGAAAGAUACCUCUGCUACCUCUUCCGAAUAAAGGAGGUCCCCAUAAGGCUAUCGAAGAUCUAUCAGAUGUCGGGGGAUCUUCCAAACGUUUAAAAAUGGAAGCAGGCUACAAUUCCCAUCCAAAUCGACUUGGUACGGAAUCUCAUUAUGGGGGAGAUAAUUUGUUUAAUCAGAGUGGGCCGUUCAUGGUUUCACCUUCGUCAUAUUAUUAUGCCAGUCCUCCACCUGUUAAACCACGACACAAAGGAGACGCAAGCUCUCAUUUGACAGAACUGUGCGCCGAAGAUAGCCUUGCCCGAAAAUUAAGUAUUCUCACAAAUGCCUUAAAUCAGGGAAAACCAAUUCGUGUUGAUGAUCUCAUGUCACUUCGAUCAGACAAUGAGAGUGACCCUAAAGUAGUACAGUUGUUAGGAGAAUUGCAUACUGAACUACGGCUGGCAGCAAAUUCAAGACCAAGUGGACAACUAGAAUCUCAUCUUCCUGUAUUGAAUCCACCAUCUUUAGAUACGAAUACUUCCCAAUCAGGAAAUUUUGAUGCGCAUGCAGUUUAUGCUGGUGAUGAUGCAAUGAGCUCUGGAAGGUGGUCACAGUUGGCUACAGCUGGUGUUCGCAGUGCAUUAUUGGCGCUUAUGUCGCGCUAUGGUUUGGAAACAUACAAUCCUUCCCCUGCUAUCACCCGACCCCCAGGUAAACCGGCAUCCAGCCUGAUGCAGAACCUUUUCCUGCCCUCGACUUCCUCUCAGUCAGCAUUCAGCUCAUAAUAAUUUGUACAUAUAUGGACUCAUUACAGCAUUUGAAACAAUGUUUUGUAUAAAGUUGACAAAAGGUCUAAAUUACUAUUUUUUAAAUUAACUAGGCAAGGAAGUACAACUGCAUCCAAGUUGUUUAUAGACUCUGCUACCUAUUCGUAACUGUAAGUGCACAUUCGGUGUAUAACUUGUAUAUAAUUGAUAUAUUAUUAAUAUCAGACCAGUUACUUAAUACGGUACUUGUAUCUUUAAUAGUACGAAUAACGCUCUUUAUAGUGCACACACAUGCGAUAAACGAGAUAAGAGAGGCUUUAAAGGUUUCAACUUUCUUCUUGUUUUUUUAAACGUAGAUUUAUUUUUUGCACUUAAGAAAUAUUUAAUAUAUAUAUAAAUAUAUAUAUACAUAUAUUGAUGUAGAUACAUGAGAGCACAUGUAAAAUGUAUGUGCAUUUAAAAAAAUGUUAAACAAAAUAUCUGCCCAUGCAGACAUUUUUAUCUCUAUCUCUUUAUUUUUUUAAAAUAUAGUUCCUUUUAAUGAAUUUGUUACGCAUAGAAAUUUUAUGUCAUGCGACAAACUUACACUGAAUGAGUUCAUGAUCAAAAGGCAUGGAAAAAGAAAUGGAGCUAUUCCAUAAGAAAUUCGAAGGUCGGAUGCAUUCUGAAUAUUUAUUGCAUAAGACUUUUUUUCUUUUUAUAUAAGAUGUUAACGUUUAUUUAUUAUGCAAAUAUUUACAGGAUGUAAUGUACAUAACAUGAUCGAGAUAUAAUAAAGAAACAAAAGUACAUGAA